ACGCCAUAUUGGGGCCGACGGCAGGGGGAAGAGUCGUACAGUGGAAGGGGAAGCGGUUGGACGUAUUUGCUUGAGCUCCUGCGUUCGCCGCACCGCGCAAUCCCUCCACAUCGACCGCUGCUGGCCACUUACUGACCGUAGUCGGGCGCUUUAGGAGCCGCGUUCCAGCCACACACCUCACAGGGCUGGUAUCGACUUCUGAAGGGAGCCGGUCUCAGCUUAGGAGCUUUCAGGCGCGGCACAGCGCUCCCACGGACAGCCGGGACGGCCGGAGCCUCUCCCGGGGGAGCCGCGCUUGAGGAGGCGGAAGAGCCCCCUGACGCUACUGGUGUGAGCUGCCGCCACCGCCCCUCCCGCUGUCUCCCCGGCGGGCCCGGGCCACUGCCCCUGCCGCGGAGGCAGCGGCGGCGGCUUUCUAGUCGUCAACCGGCGCUCCGCGACCCGCUUUCUCCUCCUGAGCCCGUCGGUUAGGCUUUCCCCGGGUCCCUGCUCCCUCUUCCCCCUCUCCUCGCCCUCCCCCUCUCUUCACCCUUCCCUGACCCACCCGAGCCCGGCGCCCGGGCUGCCCCCGGCAAUGGCGUGCGGAGCUACUCUGAAAAGGACUCUGGAUUUCGACCCGCUGCUGAGCCAGGCGUCCCCGAAGCGGAGGCGAUGUGCGCCAUUGUCGGCACCCACCUCGGCCGCCGCCUCCCCGUCUGCCGCGGCAGCGGCCACCGCCGCCUCCUUCUCGGCCGCCGCCGCUUCGCCGCAGAAGUAUCUCCGAAUGGAGCCUUCCCCCUUCGGCGAUGUCUCUUCCCGCCUCACUACAGAACAAAUUCUGUACAACAUAAAACAAGAGUAUAAACGCAUGCAGAAGAGAAGACAUUUAGAAACUAGUUUCCAACAGACAGAUCCAUGUUGUGCUUCUGAUGCACAGCCAAAUGCAUUUCUCCUCAGUGGACCAGCUUCACCAGGGACUGCAUCUGCAACAUCCUCCCCAUUAAAAAAAGAACAGCCCUUAUUCACUCUACGGCAAGUUGGGAUGAUCUGUGAACGUUUGUUGAAAGAACGUGAAGAAAAAGUUCGAGAAGAGUAUGAAGAAAUAUUGAACACAAAACUUGCAGAACAAUAUGAUGCAUUUGUGAAGUUUACGCAUGAUCAAAUAAUGCGGCGAUAUGGAGAACAGCCUGCUAGUUAUGUUUCAUGAAUCACGUUUUCUGCAGUUGUGGGCUGCCUUGUUCUUGUUGAGUUGUUGCAAGAGGUCCCAAUUAAGACAUGCAGCAAUGCCAAUACCCCCCCUGUGAAUACAGGUUAUUUCAAGCUUUCGUGAAUGGCAGCCACUCUUAGGCAGCAUCUGGUUUUGGAAAUUUCCCUGAUGUCAGUACCACCUGAAUGUGGACCUUUGCUACCUGUAUUAAUACCAGUGGCCUGAUGUGCUGUAUCAUUACAAUUUGGCUUCUUUUAUUAAUGAUAUGUUUGAAAAAGAUUAAAGCUGGUAUUCUAGAACAUGCCCUUCACUGGUUGUGUAAAUAAAACUGUAGAAUGACACUUCAGGCUGAAGUUAGUGUGAUUUUAAUUGUGCACUACAACCAAGCUGUAACCAGUUAUUAAUAAUUUAGAAUGUAAUCCAGAGACAAUGUUAAGCAAAUAGCCUACAGUGCUUCCUGUGAAAUAGGAGGGCAUUUCUGUAUUCCAUGACUUCUUGGGGUCUCAGAAUGGGUUUAUAUGAUUUUUUUUUUUUUUUUUGGUAGUUUUUAUUUAUUCUAUCAGUCUUUUUAACAAAUGUUAUUGCAUUUUUUUUUUCCCCAGUGUAUCAUUGUUUUACUGCCCUUGUAGUACUGGAAUUUAGUUGGAAGAAUAAAACAUUUACUUCUAA